AUGUACUUUGAAAACGACGAGGGCAUCGAUUCCAACAGUUCGCAUCGCGAUUACCCGACUUUUAUGCCAGAUGAAACCUCGAUGAUUUUCCCACAAAAGCUGGAUCUGAGCACGCUAAACAGUCGAAAAACCCCAAAAAAGAAGAAAAUCAGCCCGAUAAAGGCGAAUGCACCCCAAAAAUCCCUGAAUUUGUCGGAAAUUUCCAGAAUUUCCCAUAAAAAGCACAAUGAAACUGUGGAUUUGCAAGAAAUGCGCAAUAGUUUUAAUGAAAUCAUGGCUAAAAGUCAGCGAAAACUGUCCGAUUCCAGUGUGACUAGCGAUCGAGCAUCCUCUGUGUGCAGCACGUCGUCAGGACAAUCACAAAAGUCGCUUUUUGUGCAGGUAACCCGCGCCAAAAAACUCGUCGAUCAGAGAGAAGAGACGCAGAGAGAGCAGAGAAAAUCAACGAGAGAAAUUUGGGAGGAUAGUGAUUGGUGUAUUGGUACGACGGACACUGAUAACGAUGAUACCAGACCACCUUCCAGCCAACCAUCCCUCGCAUUUGAAUCCGGAGCAAUCGAACAACAUCGUCUGGCGACUGGAUCUUCUGAAUUGAUGGAUGAUUCGAUUCAGAAGACGUCAAAGAAGAGAACACAGAAGACGUCAGUAUCUUCUAGAAGUCAAAAAGUCAAUACGGCGACCAAUACGACGAGAGGUAGCCAAAGUGGGCGGAUACACCUCUCGGACACCCAACUCUACGAUCUCUAUGACCAACGACGUCAGAAGAAUUCGAGGAAUCUGAAUUCUGAAGAUCCGGACGAUGAUGAUAAUGAUGUGACACUGACUGAUAAUGGUCCGGAUAUUGUCGAAUCCGCGUUUCAAGGAUAUUAUGCUGAGCAAUCGAAAAAGGAGACGCCGAUUUUGAGCGGUUUUGACUCCGCCCACUUUGCUCCGAUCGAAAAAGCGCGAAACGCGAAUCGCUCGGUUUCACUGAACAAUAUAAUGACGACAUCAUCGCCAACUACAGUACCCCGGAAUACGGUAUUUGAUGGAUUUGCGCCCGGAGCCCUUCGCCACUCGAUUUCUACGAUUCAAGUGAGCCCACAGAAGCUCCGAGAGCUUGAACAACAGAAUAAAACGCAUCCGAUCCCAUCACUGGCCCAGUUUCGAAUUCCCAAAUCGACACGGACCAUAUUCCCACUCCCACUGAUGGACAUUGAUGAGAUUAGUGGGAAAGGAGUGAGAAAAGAUAACAAAAGUACCCAACGCCACUUCUCUGGUCAAGCAAUCUCCGCUCAAAUUCACGGACCACCAGCAACGUCACGUAGCUACAGUAAUCCUACAGUACCCCAGGAAGGAAGAGCGGCCCGCCCAACGACAGCUUCUCAGGCGAAAAAAGUGGAUUUUCAGCUGGGAAAUUUAAAUUUGGCGCCAAAAAAUUCGAAUUUGAACUCGAAAAAUUCAAAUUCCCGCCGCCCGCCGGUGCCCUACUGUAGCGCCACCUCCUCCGAUGGCACCGCCUACAGUAUCCAUACAGUAACCCAACAGCUGUUGGGUACUGUAAAAUCCCUCCACCCCGAUUGGCUUCAGAUGACACGACGUCUUCUAGCUGGAAAUUCAGAUGACGUGGCAUCUGAAUUCCGACGUCUUCUGAUUCUGGAGAAGGAGAAUUUGGAGACGAAAUGGCGUCAGAAUCGAAACGAUAAUCCGUUCGAGGAGGAUCCGAUUCAGAGGAUUACUGUAAUUCGGCGGGCUCUGGAGAAGCUGGAAAAUCUGGGACACCUGUCGAGGAUCCAACAGUUGAAAGUUAUUCAUUCGGCUCUUUUGAGCACCUAG